UUGCACAUCCAGUUUGACAGUUUGUUGACACAUCACGCAAAUCAGACGUAAACAUCAAAGUCCUGUUUGAUACAAUAUUUUGUGGAAUAAUCAUUAGAAAAAUAUGGAUUACGAAAACGAAAAAGUGUUGAAGCUUGUAUUUCCUGAUAAAUAUGAAGAAAUAAUAAACAGCGACAAUGCACCCGAAUUCAUAGACUACAUGUUCAAGCUCGGCUCCUAUAAAGUGGACCAGUUGAAAAAGGAGAAGACCCGAUUACAGGAUGAAAAUAAGCAAAACGUGGAGCAAACCCAAGAGCUGGCCGUCAACAACUACAAGACGUUUAUACAAACGGCGGAAUGUUCGCGAGAAAUCUACCGAAAGUUUGUUCAGACUGAAGAACGGGUUGAAAGUUUGAGCAAGAAGUUACCCGAUUUUGCGGAAACUUGCCAGAAAUUUUUGGACACCUCCAGCAAUAUUAACAGUGCGCGGCGACUGAACUCGUUGACUUUGACACGAAAUGCUGAGCUUUUGGAAAUCCUCGAACUUCCCCAGCUGAUGGAAACUUGUAUACGGGAUGGAAAAUACGAAGAAGCGCUGGAACUGGCAGCCUACGUGCAGCGUGUUGGUAGCAAACAUGGCAACAUUCCUAUCAUCGCUAACAUUCGAUCAGCCGUAGAAGCAGCGUGGCAUACGAUGUUGGUUCAGCUGCUGUCCCAACUGCGAACCGAUCUUCAGCUACCCAAAUGUUUACAGGUUGUAGGAUAUUUACGUAGGAUGCAAGCAUUCACAACCGCUGAAUUGAAGCUGAAGUUUCUUCAAAUACGAACCGGAUGGUUUAAGGAAUUGCUAGCAAAAAUUCCUCAAGAUGAUGCUCACAUACAUCUGACGAAAACAAUUGAAGCUACCAGAGUGCACCUAUUCAACAUUAUCACACAAUAUCGAGCAAUUUUCCCCGAAGACGAGGACUCCAUUUCCGGUUUGUCCACAAUAACAUCUGACCACAAUGCACCCGACGGUAGCAAAAUAUUUCACAGUUGGUUACACGACCAAAUAGUGGAUUUCAUUAACACCUUGGAAAGAGAUCUUGCCUCGAACGACAUCAACUCUUACGACACCAUCCUUGGUCAGUGUAUGUAUUUUGGUUUAUCCUUCAGUAGAGUUGGAGUCGAUUUUCGAUCACUUAUCGCUCCGGUGUUCAUCAGAGUAAUUUCGCUGAACUUCCAAACGACAAUCAUCAAAGUUACACGUCAAUUUGAGCUAGAAAUUGAACGUUACACGUUGAUCAACAAGGUCCCGAACGCCAUCAAGCGUUCUAAAUCAAGCGAUAAAUCUGAAACUAGCAAUCACCCUCCCGAGAGUCUGCUGGACUUUACACCGCUGGCAUUGUACUGCAACGAAGUGCUGACCGUCUUCAACGAACUUCGCUUAUGCGCGCCCAUUGCUUUGGCAUCAACGGUCACAGAAAUUUUGGAAGCAUCGCUCGAAACUGUAUGCAAGAACAUUCUUUCUUUCUACCGCCAGGAGCAGCAAGCGUUUACCGCUUCCGAACGCGAAUGUUUCAUUCGUUUCUGCUCGUGCUUCGCCUACGAUCUCAUCCCUUACUUGCAGCGGUGCAUUCAUUUUAUUUUUCCUCCAGCAACCAUUGCCAACCACUUGGGGAUUAAUGGGCUAACGCUGCAAAAGCAUGGCAUUACCUAUUUCCGACAGAAGAAAAUCCUGGAACCUAUCGAGUAUCUCCUACCGGACAAAAUCGAGUCCGUUAUCAAGCAAGUCGGUGAACUCAACGUGGGACCGCAACGUUUAUCAUCUAUGACGGAAGCUUCGCCGUCAGCUGAUAAGGGUCAACCGCAGCCAUCGAAGGUGGAUGGCGAUAAGAUAGGGGAUGGUACUUUUUCAACAGGUCCGGGUCAAAAUAUUCCGGAGUAGUGUUUUUCUGGUGCAAAAUCUAUACAAAGCGGUAUCCGAUAUUGAUAUGGUAUGAUAAUUCCGGAUUAGCGAGAGCCCCUGGAUAACUUGAUAAAAGAAUCAGAUGAUGUUGAUUAGUGGAGUAAGUAAAGCAUAGCAUCAAGCAUGCAAAACAAAUACAUUUACAAAAGUCUGCGAUUUUUUGAGCUACACAUUAA